UUGCAUUCAAAGUGGCCAGAGCGAAAAAAAAGAAGAGGAAGAAAAAGAAGAAGACGGAGGUGGUGGUGGAGGAGGAGAAGGAGAAGGAGAAUCGGAGGUACGGGCAGUCGGAGUGCGCGCACGCAGCCCUGCGCGGCGAAGGCGGCCGUGGCGCGAGAGCGCGGCGCGAGCGCGCUGACUUUCCCGCCGGAGAGAGAGACGGCUCGCGGGACUUUGACAGGUAGCGCUGUAGACGGGGUGCGAGCAGCGAGUGGGGACACCCUCAGUCAGGGAAUAAAGAACAAGAAAGAAAAAUAAAAUAAAAUAAACCUACGCGGCGUCUAAGAGGACAGUGUCAGCUCGAGAAGAGGAGAGAGACAAGUUGGGAAAGAGCCCAGCAGUGACAUUAACUAACAGGUCGUCCGCGUCCGAGCGCUGUCCCGCGGCCACUUCCAUCCAUCCAUGGCUUCAGUUCUGGCCAACAGCGGCCGCGCUUCGGCAACUCCGGGCGGGCAGCCGAAGAGCAAGUUCAAGCGACGACGGCGGAGGAGGAACAAGAGGAAAGAGAAAGUCAGCAUGCUUUCUGCCUUUAUUGCACCUUUCAAAUGUAUGAACCCCGGGAUGACAAAUAUGGAGGACGAAGACUGCCUAAGUACCAGUAGUGCGGAAGUAAAAGAGAAUCGUAACAUCGGUAACCUCGAGGACUGUUCCAUCGUAGCUGGAGAUCAUCAGUCCGUCUUCUGCUCGGACACACCCAGAGGUGGAACUUCUGGUCUGAAAAGGAAGCGACCACUGGAAGAAGGGAACAAUGCUCACCUCUGUAGGCUGCACCUCUUUUACAGGAAAUCGUCCUGGUCUGAUACGCCAAAGAACGCCUUGGUCCAGCUCAAUGAGCUAAGACCUGGCUUGCAGUACAAAAUGGUCUCGCAGACCGGACCUGUGCACGCGCCCAUGUUCGCCAUCGCCGUGGAAGUUAACGGACUCACAUUCGAAGGCAUGGGCCCCACAAAGAAGAAAGCCAAGAUGAGGGCAGCAGAGCUGGCACUCAAGUCCUUUGUCCAGUUCCCAAACGCACCCCAGGCACACCUGGCCAUGGGCGACUGUGCCAGCCCAUCGGCCGAUUUCACCUCCGACCAGGCCGACUUCCCCGACACCCUCUUCAAGGGUUUCGAGUCGGCAUCGUGUGGUGAGAACGAAUUGCUGUCCGGCCCUCUCCGGCAAGGGAGGCUACUGCGCCACACGUUGGAUCUUAUGGCCCAGGCCAGACAACGCAAGCAGAAGACGGACUCCUCGGUGGCAGACGGCGGGAAGAACCCAGUGGGCCUACUAAAUGAGCUGCGACCUGGCCUGAGGUAUGCCUUCCUUUCAGAGAGUGUGCAGAGCAGGCGCACCAGGAGCUUCGUGGCGGCUGUGCGGGUGGACGGGAGGAUAUUUGAAGGCUCCGGACGCAGCAAGAAGCUGGCAAAAAACCAGGCGGCGCUGUCGGCGUUACAGGCCCUCUUUAACAUCAAGCUGGCACCAGAGGGGAGAGUCAGCUACGUACCCAGCAGGAGUAAAUGCCCUCAUUUACCACAGGACUUUGCCGAUUCAAUAUUCCACAUGGUGACAGAGAAAUACCGCGAGCUGGCAGGCCGCUGCCCCCCCUUGCAUACGCGUCACAAAGUCUUGGCGGGAAUCGUAAUGACCAGAGGUCUGGAUCUGAGACAGGCCCAAGUGGUGGCAAUAUCAACCGGUACGAAAUGCAUCAAUGGCGAAUAUAUGAGUGACCAGGGGCUCGUAGUCAAUGACUGCCACGCAGAAGUCAUUGCUAGAAGAGCAUUAGUUCGCUUCCUUUACUGUCAGCUGGAGGUGUUUUUAAGCAAACGCAGAGAAGACUGGGAACAAUCGAUCUUUAUUCGACGCAAGGAAGGUGGCUACAGGCUGAGAGAAAACAUCCUGUUCCAUAUGUACAUCAGCACAUCGCCUUGCGGAGACGCGCGCCUCAACUCCCCCUACGAAAUCACAGCUGACUUACAUAGUGGACGCCCUUCCGUGAAGAAGUUCCACAGUCACCUGCGGACCAAGAUCGAGUCCGGGGAGGGGACCCUGCCGGUGCGCUCUCGUACGGACGCCCAGGCCUGGGACGGGGUGUUGCAGGGCGAGCAGCUGGUCACCAUGUCCUGUACAGACAAGAUCUCCAGGUGGAGCGUGUUGGGCGUCCAGGGCUCCCUUCUUGCGCACUUUCUGGAGCCUGUGUAUCUACACAGCCUGACGGUGGGCAGCGCGCGGCACCCGGGCCACCUUUUCAGGGUCCUCGCCCGCCGCCUGGAGCCCCUCGGCAGCCUGCCACCACCGUACAGGCGCAACCAGCUCUUGCUCAGUGGCCUCAGUCAGAGCGACGGCCAUCAACCAGGGAAGUCGCCCUGCUUCAGUGUCAACUGGACGGCCGGCGAUGGGCAGAUGGAGGUGGUCAACGCCGCUACGGGGAAGAGGAAGGACUCGGGGACAGCCUCCCGCCUCUGCAAGCGAGCCCUCUUCGCCCGCUGGGCGCGGCUCCACCGCAAGGUCAGUCUGAGCGCGUCGGGCCGCGGGGACGAGCCGCUCGUGUACUGCGAGGCCAAGCUGGCGGCGAGGCCCUACCAAACAGCGAAGCGGCAGUUGUUUGCGUCGCUGCGGGACGCUGGCCUCGGCACCUGGGUGAAGAAGCCUCCGGAACAGGACCAGUUCCCGCUGACCGCGUGAGACGCCGGACCCGCGGCCUCUCGUUCACCCGCACCGAGCCGCUCGAACCCCGGCGUCGCCCUCUCCAGCGCUUCCUCAGAGACGCCUCGCCGACGCCCCUGGGCCC